UAUCAACCAUGUUCUCGCCGCUAGAUAGCGGGAAGCCGUCACAGAAAUCCCUAUGCACUUUUUUUACGAAGAGGUUCGUAGCCAUUUGAUUUUCAACUAGGCCAUUUUGCAACUAAUUACAGCUAAAAACAAGCAAUUCUCUCUGAUUUUUGUAUAUUCAAUUGCCCGAGAUACCCUUAUCGUUGCCCACAAUGCACCUGGAACAAGAACCAGGAAUCCCUGUCCCAAACUCAGGCACAGUACAGUCCGAUUACGGAAUCCCGAUCAAGGAAUCCGAUUCCAUCGAGGCAGAGAUUCAUCGCCUUGAAGCCGAGCUAGAAGAUGCACGAAGAAGGCUAGGUGCAAAGAGGCCACGCGCUGUGCGCAAACAGGUCCCUCUGCCACCGGAUUCACUCUCAGCCCCCUUCCUUCCCCCAUCAACACACCACCUACUCCUACUCACCGACUCGGCCCUUCCCCUGGGCGCCUUUGCCUUCUCCUCCGGCCUGGAAUCCUUCCUCGCCCACAGCCCAAAACGUUCCGGGUCAUCACCCUUCACCACCUUCCUCCCGCUCUCCAUCUCGGCCUUUGCAUCCACCACCCUCCCCUUCACCCUGGCCGCCCACCGCGACCCUUCUCGUCUGCUCUACCUGGACGACUGCCUCGACGCCUCGCUCGUCUGCACCGUCGCCCGCCGCGCCAGCGUGUCGCAGGGCCGCGCGUUGAUCGGCCUGUGGGAGCGCUGCUUUGCCCCGUCGCUCCCGCCAGACCGGGACAUUGCCGAGUACGUGGCGGCCGUCAAGUCCCCGGGGCGGCAGCACAAGCCCGUCGACUGCAUCACCAACGCGCCGCCGAGCCACCUGCCACCGGCCGCGGCGCACCUCGCCCCGCUGUUUGGCGCAGUCUGUGCCGCAGCCGGACUGUCGGCGCACCAGGCCGCCUUUGUGCUGGUUCUGGGCCACGUCAAGGCGCUGGCGUCGGCGGCGGUGCGCGCGGGCGUUUUUGGUCCCUAUCAGGCCCAGAAACUGCUGGCGGGGGAUGAGGUCCGGAGACUGGUCGACCUGGCGGUGCAGAGGGAGUGGGCUACCGAGGUCGAGGACGCGUGCCAGACGGUGCCGGUAAUGGACUUGUGGGUCGGACGGCACGAGUUAUUAUAUUCGCGCAUUUUCAACAGCUAGUAACGUAUUUUAAUGGUCUGGGUAUUAUUUUGUUUAUGCAGCGUUUCGUACAUGGCGCUUAUAAAGAUUGCCUCACGGCCGGGAGAGGCACCAGCGACUGUAGCUAAACUAAUCAAUCAUCUUCGCUGUCACUUCCGUAUGCCACCAAUGGCCCCGUGGCUGCAGCCUGCUUUGGCUGAGCAGAGACUUUGACC